AUGGAUGAAGGCUCUACAAGCGUAACUGUGCUGCAAGUUUCCUCCUAUGCCAUUAGGUAUGAUUGGAAUGAUCUGGAAUCCACGGAGCCGAAAAGCUUGAUCAAUUGUAUGGCAAUUCCGAAAAUACUUGUUGAACCACAAUCAAUGUUGAAUCAUCACGAAGGAACAAGUGCAGAGCCCUCCGCAUCCACAAACACUUCGGGUCAUGAUGGAGGAGGCUCACCACAACAUGGAAAAUCAUUUCUAGCCUCUUCAUGUGAGAAGCAAAUCAUGAUGUUGAGAGGUAAAAUUCUUGUUGAAAGAAAGACAAUUCAUCAGGACAAGAUGGACAAGGAGAAUUUCUUAGAAGGUGUAACAGUGGAUUUUGAUAACCAUUACAUCAAUAGUAAUUUGUCAGGCAAUGUGAAUAACUCGCCUUCAGCAAAGCUGUUGACGAAUUUGCCAGUGGGAAAUGACGCUUUAGAACUGAAGAGAAAGUACCCUAAUGACUAUUUUCUAUAUUUUCCAAUAAGAUAUGGCAUAUUGAAUACAGAAUUAUGUGAUGGAAAUGUAAAUAUUAACGAGAAUACUGCCUUGGAAAUUUUGGUAAUUCUAAUAAGCAAAUGUCUGCGGGAGCUGAUUGCAAAUGACAACACAAAACAUUCUGUUUUGCUAAUGUUCAGCGACAUUUUAAUUAAUCAACAGCAACAUCAUUUGAAGUUUGUUCUUCAUCAAAUACUUGUGGCGUUUCCAAAUAUUGCCUAUCUAUCAGUACAAAAGGACAGUAUUAUGUCACUCUAUGGAAGUGGAAUCAUGCAUCAUCAAACAGAAUUAUACACGAUCGAUAUGGGAUUCACAAAGACAUCUGUUUAUUCAUAUCAUCACAACGGCAGAUUAGCAAAUACCAUUUCAUUCCCAUAUGGUGGGAUCGAUAUUUAUGCUUUGAUUAUUGGAAUUCUUCAAAUGUCCAAUCUAGAUCACAAAAUUGACAUUUCUUGUAAUUUAAAAGAGUUUGAUGAAAACAUUAGAAAAUAUUUUCUAACACUCAAGUAUAGUGCUCACCAAGAAACUUUUCAACAUGUGCAUAAUAUUAUGGUGGAUGACUCUCAGAAAUUAGCAAAAACCUUGACCAUCUCUAGCGACGUUUUCUAUAUUGCCACAAAUAUGUAUUUUAACACUAAAUUAUUGCCUACCUCUAAGAAGAAAAUAUUUAGUGUCCUAAAUCCAUCAUCACAUUCAAAGAUUACCUCAAUUGAUAAAUAUUUAACCAAGUCGUUUAAGGGUGGGCUAGGUGGAGUUACCAUUUGUCUGACAGGAGGAUUUCAAACGUUCAACACUUACCUGAGCAUUUGA